CUUAGGCAAAGGAAGAGAUCGAGGUCCUCGGGGAGAACCGACGGUGGGGCAGGGUCGGCCGGCCGGGUUGCCUCAGCCCCUGGGCCAGUUCCCAGUCCAGCCACAGGAUCAUCAGGCUUCCGGGCAGGCUCUUACCCAGAGCCCCCUCCCUGCCCUGGAAUUCACAGCAAGCGACAGCCCGUCUGGGAAGUGACAGGUGGGGAACUGACAAAGAAGGGCGCUGUGCUCUGCCAGGGGGCGGGAUGGGCCUCAGUCGAGUCUGCGGGGCUGCCUGCGUCUCCGUCGUGGGGAAUUCCCCUCCUGCCUAAAAGUCAGCCUGGCCCAGCUCUCCUUCCUGCAGAAGCGCAGCGAGCUGAGGAGCCUUCUCGGGUGGCAGCCCCGCUGCACAGACCCCGUCCUCCCCUGCCCUUCCCCAGCCAGGCGGGCACCACGGCAGGGGCUGAGCCACCAUCAUGGAAGGGAGAGGACCAUACCGGAUCUACGACCCUGGGGGCGGCGUACCUCUGGGCGAGGUGUCCGCAGCUUUUGAGCGCCUAGUGGAGGAGAAUUCCAGACUGAAGGAAAAAAUGCAAGGGAUAAAGAUGUUAGGGGAGCUUUUGGAAGAGUCCCAGAUGGAAGCGUCCAGGCUGCGGCAGAAGGCAGAGGAGCUGGUCAAGGACAGUGAGCUGCUCCCACCGCCGUCUCCCUCUUUGGCCUCCUUCGACCACCUGGCUGAGCUCACAGGAAAGGAUGCAGAUGUCCCAGCACCCCCCGCUGACCCUGCACACCCCAGCGACAAGCCAGAGCCAGUCCCCAAACCUCCAGCAAGUAGCACCUCCUCCGAAUUUGAAGUGGUCCCUGCCGAGGGGCAUUCUUCACCAGAGAGCGGCGGCCACACCAGAAAUACCAUGGAGCUGGGCCCCCUGCCCCACGAGGACAGCAACCUGAUGCUGCACCUGCAGCGCCUGGAGACCACCCUGAGCGUGUGCGCCGAGGAGCCUGACCACAGCCAGCUCUUCACGCACCUGGGCCGCAUGGCCCUCGAGUUCAACCGGCUGGCUUCCAAGGUGCACAAGAAUGAGCAGCGCACCUCCAUCCUGCAGACCCUGUGUGAGCAGCUUCGGAAGGAGAAUGAGGCCCUGAAGGCCAAGCUGGACAAGGGCCUGGAACAGCGGGAUCAGGCUGCUGAGAGGCUCCGGGAGGAAAACAUGGAGCUCAGGAAGUUGUUGAUGAGCAGCGGCAAAGAUGGUGCCUCCAGAUGGCCAGGCUCACCAAAGACGGAAGGCACGGGCAAGAAGGGGGCAGCCGCACAGCAGCAGGCUGGUGUGACAGCAGGUAAAGUCCCAGAGGUGGGAGCCUUGGGUGCUGCUGAGAAGAAGGUGAGGAUGCUGGAGCAGCAGCGCACAGAGCUGCUGGAAGUGAACAAGCAAUGGGACCAGCAUUUCCGGUCCAUGAAGCAGCAGUAUGAGCAGAAGAUCACUGAGCUGCGCCAGAAGCUGGCGGACCUGCAGAAGCAGGUGACUGACCUGGAGGCCGAGCGGGAGCAGAAACAGCGCGACUUUGACCGCAAGCUCCUCCUGGCCAAGUCCAAGAUAGAAAUGGAGGAGACCGACAAGGAGCAGCUGACAGCAGAGGCCAAGGAGCUCCGCCAGAAGGUCAAAUACCUGCAGGAUCAGCUGAGCCCACUCACUCGGCAGCGGGAGUACCAGGAAAAGGAAAUUCAGCGGCUCAACAAGGCCCUGGAGGAAGCACUGAGUAUCCAGGCCUCCCCAUCAUCUCCAGCAACAGCAUUUGGGAGCCCAGAAGGAGCUGGAGGCCUGCUAAGGAAACAGGAACUGGUCACACAGAAUGAAUUGCUGAAACAGCAGGUGAAGAUUUUUGAGGAGGACUUCCAGAGGGAGCGCAGCGACCGGGAGCGUAUGAAUGAGGAGAAGGAAGAGCUGAAGAAGCAGGUGGAGAAACUGCAUGCCCAGCUAAAAGCCUUCAAAGAUGAGGAAAGGGCGAAAGAUGCCCUGAGACAGCAGAAGAGGAAAGCAAAGACCUCGGCAGACCGCUACCACGUGGAGACCCACCCGGAGCAUCUCUACGGGGCCUACCCCUACGCCUACCCGCCCAUGCCCCCCGUUGUGCAACACCGUGGCUUUGAGGACUGGUCCCAGAUCCGCUACCCGCCUCCCCCCACGGCCAUGGAGCACCCACCCCCGCUUCCCAACUCACGCCUCUUCCACCUGCCAGAAUACACCUGGCGGCUGCCAUGUGGAGGGAUACACAAUCAGAGCUCCCAAGUGAUGGGCUCACCCACGGCCAGGCCUACGGAACCAGAGCCCACCAAAAAUGACCGUGAGGGACCUCAGUGAAACCAGUCCAUUGGCUCCACCUUCGUCUUGCAGAGCCAGCUGACUUCAGCUUACUGGAAAACUAGAGGCCAUGGGCUCUCCGAGCCUCAGCCACUCGGGAGGCUGAGAUGGAUGGCCAGCUUGAGCCCUGGCCCCAACCUGAACUGUUUAGAGACUGGGGAGGCUCCAUCCAGAAGGCGUCCAUCUGGGCCUUUCCUUUGGAGUGACUGGGAAAAACUCACUACUCUGCCACUGGGUGGAGACAAGUGUCAUCCGGCCUUGACCUACCAUCCUCUGCAGAAACUGCUGGCAGAUGUUAAUCUCAAGUCGGGUGCAGUCAAGACCCCUUCCUUUCACAACUUCCCCAGAAGUGGUUCAGCAGCCCCUCUGGGGACCACAUUCAGUUCAUGUGUGUGUUUAAUUUUUGCUUCAAGCUCUGCAGUAGCAGGACCUGCCCCACGCACAUCCCCUCCCACUCUGAGGAGCUGCGGGAAGAGCGGGUUUGCCUCUGGGAGCAGAAGAGACAGGAUGCUCUCCUCCUGGGCCCUCCACUUCCGCCCAUGGCAGCCUUGCCAGCACCACUGCAGCCUGGGAUGAAGCCCAUGCCAGCCACAUCGGCUGAGGGGCCCCAGCCUGAAGCUGCCAGGCCCUCAGCUGGAGGCUUGUGGUGCUGGAGGCCCGGUUUGGGGUGGCUAUUGAUCCCCGGGCAGCUGUUUGCACGAAUCUUGGACAUAAAUCCAAGUUGAAGAUUAA